GCUGAGACAACAGGUGUACGCCACCAUACUCGGACUUGGGUUAGAAUUGUUAAUUCAAUAUUGUGAAUAAUUUUUCACCUAUAAUUUCAUAUCUACCUAAUACUGAAAAUCUUGAACUUAAUGCAUUUUAAUACAGAAAUACAAAAUAAAUUGUAACUGUAAAAAUACCAAAUACUUUAAACACAGCCUUUGAUUUUUGUAUAAACAUAAAAGGAAAUUAGGGAGACACAUUUCCAUAUAUUAUUAGAAUUCUGGAAACACAGCCUUAAUGGUUACAAAAGGUCCAACUUACCAUUUAAAUGUGGAAAAUUUUGAAGAAAUUCAUGAACAUUUGUAUUUUAAGAGUAACAUCUCCAAGUUUGAAUGAAAACAAUUAGAUUAGUAAAAUUUGGAAGUACUGUCACUGUCUAUUCAUUAUCACCACAAAGUAUCCUACAUUGAGCAGGAAAUAGAAAUAAAUAAAAGUAAUUUUGAAAGACACUUUCAAAAGAAUAUCCUAUAUUUGUAACUUUUAUUGUCAAAUACUUUGAAAAGUAUGUGGAAUUUCUGUGAUUAUAGGCAUAAAUAACAUACACUGUAGGGUAAAACUUUGGACUGUGAGCAUAAUUCAUUCCAGAAAUAUGCUUGUGAUCCAAAGCACAUGUCUAUCAAAGUGAAUUUCCCCAGAAGAAUUAAUGGAACCUCAGAUGAUUCAUUCCACAACCCCCAAAUACUCGUAUAAAAUUGAUUACAAUACUGUAAUAUGCUAGAAAGUAAUAAAGAAAACACAAAAUAUAAAGAAAAAUAAAUUAACCCACACUUAUCUUUAAAGACCUUAGUGGUUGGUGUAACAGAGUCGAGAGGAGGGUUAUUGUGUCGGAUGACUUUCACUAACAGAAGAUUUGUUAUCUAUUGGUUCAAUGGAAUCUUUUUCUUUUCAUGCAGCUUUAACAAGGAUUUCAUGGACAUGUGACAUUGUCAUUAAACAGAUUCAUUGCUUGCACUACUACAGCUUCGUUUGGAUGCUUUCAGCUUGUGUGGAGUUGUUGAAGCCACUUGUGAAGCCAUUUACUGAAUUUAUGGAGAAACCAACAAAUCAUGGCAGUCAGUCUGAAGAACUCUUUGCCCAUCUUAAAAGUACAACAGAGAAAGAACAUUUACCACGGAGUGCCAGUGAAAAUCAGCUCACCUGCUUGAAGCAAGACAUCCUAAAGGAUGAAAAGACUGAAUUGGAGGCAACACUAAAGGAAGCUGAGUUGGCGACCUGUUCUGUAGAAUUACUUUUGCCAUUAUUUAAGAACACCAUUGAAGAGACUGAUUUUGCAAAUGCCAAUGUUUCUGCAUCGAAUUUGAAGAGGAUUUCUGAACAGAAGGAAAUAUUAACAAAAGAAUUAAAUACCUUUAAACAUGUAAAAUUAGCUUUGGAACGUCUUGGAAAGGCAGACUACAGACAAACAGGAGACAAUUUACCCAGCAUGUUGUUAAAGAAUCUAACUGAUAACGAAAGUGAAAACACUAAUCUUAAGAAGAAGGUACUUGAAAAGGAGAAUUAUAUUCAGGAACUUUCUUGCUUGUUUCAGAAUGAAAAGGCAAAUGCUUUGAAAGCAAACCGUUUUUCUCAAUCAGUAAAAGUAGUACAUGAACGACUGCAACUCCAAAUUAAUAAAAAGGAAGCAGAAAAUGAUAAGUUAAAAGAAUACAUAAAGAGCUUAGAAACCAAAAUAGCCAAAUGGAACUUGCAGUUGAGAACAAAUAAGCAUGAGGCUGCAGCCAUGCAAGAAGCAAGUAAGCAAAAGGUUAUAGCUCUGAAAAAGGCGUCCAAAAUCUACAAACACAGAUUCGAACAUUUUACAGGAGAUGCUGAGCACCUCACCUCCCAAAUUAGGGAUCAGGAAGCCAAGUUGUCUGAAACGGUUUCAGCGUCCAAUGCCUGGAAAAGCCAUUAUGAGAAAAUUGUAAUAGAAAAAACUGAGUUAGAAGUUCAGAUCGAAACAAUGAAAAAGCAAAUUGAUAACCUUUUGGAAGACCUGAAGAAAAUUGAAGCCCAUGGAAAAAAUUCAUGUGAAGAGAUUCUUAGAAACCUACAGUCACUUGAAUGUGAAAAUGAAGCUCUGAAUCUUGAGAAUACAAAACUAAAGACCACACUUACUGGUUUGAAGGAAGAAAUUGUUUCUGUUGAAAAUGAACUCUUAGAACUGCAAGAAGUAGAAAAGCGACAGAAAGGCCUUAUUGAAAUAUAUAAAACUCAGGUACAAAAGUUGCAAGAAGCAGCUGAAAUGGUAAAAAGCAAAUAUGAAAAUUUGCUACAUGAAAAUAAUCUAAUAACAGAAAACAAAAAUAAAAAAUUAGAGAUGAUGAGAGGCCAGAUGGAGUCUCAUCUGCAGGAGGUAGAGCGAGUCCGAGAUUCCUUGACGGCGGCGGAACGGAGGCUUCAGGAGUGCCAGGAGAGCUUGCCGCGCUGCCAGGCGAAGUGCGCAGAGCAGGCGCACACCGUUAGGGAGCUGCAGGGCCAGGUUGAUGGAAAUCAUAGUCUUCUGACAAAGCUUUCUCUAGAGGAGGAAAAUUAUCUUAUUCAGUUGAAGUGUGAAAACCUUAAACAAAAAUUGGAACAGAUGGAUGCAGAGAAUAAAGAACUUGAGAAGAAGCUGGCAAACCAAGAAGAAUGUCUUAAGCACAGCAAUCUGAAGCUUAAAGAGAAAUCUGCAGAACACUCAGCAUUGGCCAGGCAACUUGAAGCUGCUUUAGAAGAAGGCAGACAAAAGGUUUCUGAAGAAAUAGAGAAAAUGUCAUCUAGAGAGAGGGCUUUGCAGAUUAAAAUACUAGACCUGGAAACUGAGCUUAGAAAGAAAAAUAAAGAACAAAACCAACUUGUUUGCAAAAUGAAUAACAAAGCACAGCAUCAGGAAGUGUGUUUGAAAGAAAUACAGCACAGUCUUGAGAAGUCGGAGAAUCAAAAUGAGAGUAUUAAGAAUUAUUUACAGUUUCUUAAAACGUCUUAUGUAACAAUGUUUGGAUAAAUCGUUGAAUUUUCUAUAAGCGGUAGGCUUUUACUGUCUAAAAUGUGAUUAAUUUAAAAAAAAACCACACUACUGGUUUUUACAUUUCAUGAUUUUUGAGUAGUACUAGAAUUUUCAUGUAAAGACAUUUGAAACAUAAUUUAUUAUGUAAUUGAAACUUUACAACAUGACAGCUAUUAAUAUUCCUUUUUGCUGGAUAAUUCUCAUUUAGCUCUUCAAAAAUAUAUUGGCUUUUUAGAUUUUUUUCUCACACGUACACAGAAAUCACAGUCAUUCUUUGUGUUGUCUAUAGCUGCCACUCAAGUAAAUUUUUAAUAACCCAGGCCAAUUAUGAGUGAAAUACAUGAUUUCAAAAUUAUA